AUGCUCGUGGCGCCUCUCAAGAACCACACCUCGCGUCGAAACCCCCGGGUGACUAUCCGCGGCGUCGCCACUGCCAUCCUCCGCGCGACGGCCCCCUGGCCCGCCACCGCCGCUGCCGCGCACCCCUCCGCCGCGGGCCCCUCGGCCGCCAGCCCGCCCGCGCCGCCCCUGGGCUGCCGCAAGCUCGCGAGCCUGAAGCUGCGCGACUGCGGCGCGCCGGACGGCGGGCGCGGCUUUGAGGAGCUGGCGUCCAUCCUGGCGGGCUCUCUGCGCAGCCUGGACCUGUCGUGCACGCGCGUGGGCAGCCGUGGCCUGCUGCAGCUGGCGCCUUUGACCGGUUUGACCGAGCUGCUGCUGGACAUGUGCCCCGUGACAGACAGCGGCUGCCAGGUGUUCUCAUCACUAGCCAACUUGGAGCAUCUUGACCUGUCAGACACAGAGGUCGGCAACGCGGGCGCCUUCCAUAUUUCGAAGCUGCGGCGCCUCUCGCGGCUGGGGCUGUGCGACACAGAUGUCGGGGACGGCGCGGUGGCGGCGCUGACGGGACUGACGCGCCUGACGGCGCUCAAUCUGGACGCGCGCCACGUCAGCGACGAGGCGCUGCACCUGGCCCUGCCCCUCGCGCCGCACCUCAAGGAGCUCGACCUGUACGGCUGUAAGGUGACUCUGCGGGGCGCCCUGGCGCUGCCGGCGUACCGCGAGCUGACACACCUCUUCCUGUGCGGCGGCUGGGCGACGGACCGGUCGGUAUUGGAGGUGGCCAAACUGCCAAAGCUGCAGCACCUGAGUCUGGCACAAAACCCCAGGCUGUCGGAUGUGUCGGUGCGCAUGCUGGCCGGCGGCGCGUGCGCGGCGACGCUCGAGGCUCUGAACCUCACGGGCACCGCUGUCGGGGACGGCUGCCUCCCGCUGCUCGCCGGCAUGCCGGCCCUCGCGGUGGUGGCGCUCAGCAACACGCGCGUCACCCGCGGCGCCGCCGAGAGCCUCCGGCGCACGACGAAGCUCGUCGUGAAGUUCUCGCCCCCUGGGGCCACCAAGGGGCCAGAGUGA